AUGGUGCUCGCGUCGCUCACGCUGAACGACGCAAUUUUAUUUUUUGCGUUUCUCUACUCUUCCUCGGACAUCUUCGUGGACUGGGAGAGCUUCCAAGCCUGCGCCAAGCCGAUCCAGUAUUGGCUUCUCAUCUCCUACGCCUCAAUCGUCACCUUCCGGCUCUCCCACUACUUGGGCCAGUGCCUCUCUGAGGAUGGCGAGGACUUCAUCCUGUACCGCCAGCGAGGACCUCCGUUUUGGGUAAACGUACUGAUUCUUGGAGUCCUCUUCCCCUUUUUCUUCUGCUGGACGAUCGUCGGCACCGUCUGGUUCGCGCAGGUCCAAGACAAAACGCCUCAGUGUCUGCCUCGCGGAAGCCAUCCCUGGUUUUUCAUCUUCUGGCUCGUCCUCUGCUACGUGUGGAUUGUCAUCUACGUCCUUUUCAUCACGAUUGCGGCGGUCUUCGAGUAUCGCGCCCGCCGCGCGGAACGCGAUCUCCAGAUCCUGCAGAAUGAGGACAUGCUCACGAGAUGGGGUCGCGUCAACGUCUUCGCGCAGUACGGCAUUCACAUCCUUCGAAAGGGGCUUACUUCAGAUCAAAUUCAGCGUCUGCCGCACGAGAAGCUGACCAGCGUUCCCCUCGACCAACCGGCGUGCUCCAUUUGUCUGGAUGAUUUCCACGCGGGCGACGACGUCCGCCUGCUGCAGGGCUGCGGCCAUCUCUUCCAUCGAAGCUGCAUCGAUAUUUGGCUGCUUCGAAACGCGGUGUGCCCGAACUGCAAAGGCGCGAUUUGCUGUCCAAGCGCGGAAGGAGGUGCCGACGACUGCGGGGAGGCUUACCGUGGCGUGCGCAGAGAUCCUCGAGAAAUCUACUUUGCAGAGGACGCAGACGUAUGGCCUGGCGACGAGCCGUUCAGCUGGAGCCACGCGCCCGCAGACGAGGAUCCCUACAUAGCUCACGCCGGUCACGAGAGGCAGGGUUAG